AUCUAUCUUGCCACUUAUUACGAUUUAACCGAUUAUAAUAAAAAAAAUAUGAUCAAACAUCUACACGAUGGUAAUCUUCAUAAACAAAUAGGCGGAGGCACUUUAGUUUUCAAAGAAAAAUAUGCUAAUUACAUUUUUAACUAUACCCCAAAAAAUGAUGUAAGAAUAAGCAUGGGUGUUUUUCCGUAUUGUCCACCUCAUUUUGGUACAAUCAUUACUUUUGCUCUUGCCUUUUCCCUUACUCAAAGAUUAAAAAAACUUGGAAAAAAUGUAUCAAUUAUAGUGGGAAUGGUGGAUACAGAGCCCACAGUUAAUGAUGUAUGUAAAAUUGAUGAGGUUUAUUACCAAAAAAAUAUUACUUACACUGGA